GCGCGCUCUGUGAUCGAUUAGCAGGUCUGUUGGAGAAGUAGACAGGAACAGGACAGACGGAGCGGAGUGAGGCUUAAAAACACAAACAGAAAAGAACAACCGCGAAGCUGAACAGCGGAUAAAACCCCUCGGCUGGCUUAGAGAAGAAGCCCAUCUGCGUCUUUGUUUAACUUAUUUGGCAGGACCUCGGCUCUGAAGAGUCGAUCUGCAGAGUGGAGAAGUGAAGUGAAGAAGCGAAGCAGGAGGCGACUGGAUAUUUCCCUGAACAACACACAUCCUACAUGAGCUAAAGUUAAACCUUUGCACCCUUUUCGUCUUUUGGAUUUUUCUAUCUCUAUAAUCAGGUCUCCUGUGAAUCGCCGAUGCCCGGUGCACUCUGUGUAACACGUCUGUUGAAAAGCUGCAGUCUCCUGCAGUGUCGUCUGUUCAAGUGUGCACUGAAUUGAUGAACUGGAAACUCCACCGAUUUGUGAAGGAUCAGAUCAUACUUUGUUUCAGGUACUCUGGCUCUCUGACGUGAUCCUGGCCUACGAGUGACAGCGCCUAAAGAUGAUGUCAAGUUUUACUUUCGCUCUCCUGUCAUCCGAUAUGGCCCAAAGUCCGAGCUGCUGAAAACAAAAGCGAUGCCCAUGACGCCGUAGCACCAGGCACCCACGGCUUUUGUGAUGUGACGCAUUGGCCCCCUUUGUUUUUGCUUAGAUCUCACACCCUCGCUGUUUUAAUGAGGUGAACAUAUUUGGCUCGUGACUUUUCUUCAACAAAGCGUUGUGUGGUGUAGCCCCACGCUCUUUCUUCUUUUCCUGUGUGUGCAUCCUGAGCUUACCAUGAGAUUGUGAAAGGAGUUUCUGAGCUUCAAAGCAAGCACGCCGUGCUGCUUUUUACAGCCUUCCAGACACAAAGACUGGUCCAAAACUCCGGGGACAUUUCUCCCACGUCACUUUCAGUUUAUUUUGUCACUCUGAACGCACUCUGGGAUGAGCUGAAUUGACGGCGUCCCGGAGAGUCGUUCAGGCAUCGCGGCUUGCUUUCUACGUCUUGUACUUCCACCAGCAUUGAUUGAAAGCGCUCCCUCACGACCACUACAAACAUUUUUCCAUCAUAACAUUACGUGGGACGUCCGGACACCAAAACGAGGUCACCUCGCUCACUGCACCAUCCUGGAGCCUGGAAUUUGUCUGUGGCGAGCGUCUGUCGUCCCGUGGCUGUUGUUCGGUCGCACACCUGAAGCCGUGUGAGUGGAUCGGUGUGAGCGAGCGAGUGUGAGCAGGGACAAAGCCAAGCACAGGGCCGCUGGACUACAGAGCUCACGACUCUGGGUUCAGGCCAUGAGGUUUCAUGCCUCGAUCCACUGACUGGAGACACUGGACCUAAAUGGCGCAGCAUGACUUUGUUCCUGCCUGGCUUAACUUCUCCACGCCUCAGCCCGCCAAGUCCCCUGCAGCCCCUCUUGAAAAACAUGGUGAGCACUGUGCUCGUGGAGACGGCCGGCCGGGAGUGAGCCGCCGUAGACACAACUCCUCCGACGGCUUCUUCAACAACGAUCUGCUCCGUGCUCCGUCAGGUGAUGGGUGGCUCCAGCCGUCUCUGCUGAGGCAUGACUCUGUGGACUCUGGUGUCGCUAAGGGCAAUCAGGGAGGUUUGGGCAGCGGACAUGGCUGGAAGGAGACCCCCAGCUGGCAUGGGGCCCCACGCGGCCAAGAGGGCCCUCACCACCACCACCACCACCACCACGGGCGCCAUGCCAAACGCGGCGGAGGAGACAGGGACAGGCAGGGUGGCCAUCGGCAGCGCAACGGCAACUUCCAUCCACGCAAAGGCGCCCCCUUCCAGGACCGUUACUCUGACGAGGAGCGCAACGAUGACAAGCUUAAGUUUGUUGAAGAGGAUUUUCCCUCCUUGAAUCCAGAGACGACUGGAAAGCCAGUGAGUCAGGCUCGCGCUGUGGGAACUCCAGCAGGCGUGUGGGAGAAUCCUCCCAGCGCUAAGCAGACCAUGUCUAAGAUGCUGGUCAUUAAGAAAGUGUCUAAGGAGGACCCCAGUGCUGCAUUCUCUGCUGGUUUCGCCAGUGCCGGCCCUCUGCCUGCCAACGGCUCCAAAGUCCCCAUCACUGGACCCAGUGUCUACAAGAACCUGGUUCCAAAACCUGCUACUGCCCCAACUAAGACCGGCCCUUGGAAACCCAAUGGAAGGGAAACUAAAGUGGGUUUGCAUUUCUCUGGUCGGGAUUCAGCCUUCACCAGCCCUGUGUCUGUGACCAAACCUCUGACCCCGGUCAACGCACCACCCCAUGGAACUCCUAAAGAGCCACCAUCCAGCACGACUCCUCCAAUGGACAUCACUCCUCCUCGGCUGAAGCUGAUGCGGCGUGGCACAGACCGUAAGAGCGAGUUCCUGCGUGGACUGAAGGAUGAGAGGAACGGAGAGGUGAGCAGCUGCCACAGCCCUGGAGCGGCAACGGAGGGAGAGAGCAGUACUCCUGAGCCUAAAGAGUACGGGGAAAGCCACGAGAACGGCAUGUCUCACUCUCUUAGUGACUCUGACACUGAGCACCUUUCCAGCUCACUGGAGGCCGAACACCGGCUGCUUAAGGCAAUGGGCUGGCAGGAGUAUCCUGAGAACGAUGACUUCCAGCCCCUCACAGAGGACGAACUCAGAGAGUUCCAGGCUAAGACUGAGCAGAUGAAGAAGAACGGGUUGGUGCGUAACGGUGUGCUCCUGAAGCCGCGUGCUGUGGCACUGUUUGCCUGGAGGAGCUCCACCAACACCGGCCUGGAUGAAGGUUCCGAGUCUGAGACCAGCAGUAGCAGCCAGACUUCGGACGACGAGGACACCUAACGUGGCUUUAACUCUCCCCCUGUCCUCUUCCUCCAUCACUCUCACUCGCUUUCUCUGUCUCUCUUACAUCACACCUUACAUUUCAAGUGAAAAGAAGAAACUGAGUGAAUAUAUUGUUUCCAUGGACAAGAGCCAUCGGUCAUAUCCCAGUGAGAGAGAGAACACUGAAAUGACACGUCAUGGGCAAUUUGUUUUCCUUUCUUCCUUUUCUCUCCUGUUCUCAUGUUUUUCCCGUUUUCUCCCCAGACUAGAAUUGUCUAUCUAAAGCCACACACAAACACACACACACACACAUCCCCCACCAGAUAUUUUUUAUUUUAUUUGUUUUUGCUUGGGAAAAAAAGACUAACUCAUAAUAACACCAAUUAUAACCGUGACUUAACGUGGAAUAUGACUUCAUCUGAAUGUUAUAUAAAAUGGCUUUGACACCUUUCUCAAAUAUAUAUAUUUUUUUUCCUUUUUGCGAAAACAAUUCGUAGCAUUAGUGUUGAGACGAAACAAUCAUUGUGAGCCUCUAACAGCGGCGUUGGUCCCAGUCCCUCAUAGAAAUGAACACAAGCCAGCAAGAAAGCACUAAAACGAAAGGAAAGCCCAAUAGAAAUUUUUUUUUUUUUUUUUUUGUAGUACGGUUUGGCAGCUAAGAUCUGAGCCCAUCUCUCGCGUUUAUUCGAACUGUACUGCUUCCACCGGUCUCACUCUGCUUUUUUUUAACUAUAUGUGAGGAAGCUUGUGAAUGUACGAUCAAAGUGACACGGAUAUGAUAUGUAGCUUGAGUGAGUGUUUCUCGCCUAGCUUUUGAGAGUGAAGAGGAGUUCAUUAUAAAAAAAACAGUAAUAGAGGAAAGCUUCACUGACCAAUGGGGUUUAUUUAAUUUUUUUUAUUUUUAUUACAUAUAAAUAAUCGCAGUCAUAAAGACACAUUGUCAGUCUCAGUACAGUUUCAUUUGAUAGACAACAUGAACCUGAUUUUGGGCUUGCAGAAUUUCAAAUGGUUCUUGUUCUAUGACUAGGUCAAUCCCAAAGAGUUAUCUUUAAAUAUUCUUCUGAAGCCAGAAUGUUGAGAUUAACCAUCUUCCAAGUCAGCCAUGAUAUUUAAUCGGUUUCAGUGUUUGCUGUUGCAGGAAAAAAAAAUAAAAAAUCAAAAAAUGAAUACAGAUUUAAACGAUAAUUAGAGGGAAAUGCAGCCUUCACAAGCACAUUUGAAUCCACUGACACGAACUUCCUAUGUAGUGAAUGAUUUCUUAUUGGCUUGUUAGAAAAGAGCAUUUAGUCCGUAGAGCUUUCCUCUUGGCUCUGACUUGUAAAAACACGUUCUGUUCAUAAAUGUGUUUACGAGAACUCGACACUCUUCUGUCUGUGCAGCUGAUAAAACUGUAGAUGCCCAUCUGCAAAAGUUCUGUAUUUCAUGAGGGACUGCUGGUGGAAAUUAUGCAUCUCCAUUUUUUUGUACCUUGUUUUUGCUGAUAGGGUAUAAAAAGGCUUUAUUACCGAUUUAAGUUUCUUUUUUAUGUUGGUACAGCUGUAAAAAAUCCCACAUAAAUAGUUUUUUUUUUUUUUUUCUUCUUCUUUUGUUUGCAUUAUGUCGUUCCUGCAGCCUUGAUAUUCAGGGUGGAUUGUAAAAAAAAAAAAUAUAAGAAUAAAAAUUGUGAGUUUUGGAAGAUGACGA